AUGUUUAAAGUAGAAUCAAAAUUGCUGCGGUAUAGUGGACCAUUAACUCCGGAUCGUUAUAAUAAGUUCUUCUACCCGAACUUAUGUCACGUUUGUAAGAAAGGAGAUAAUGGCAAUUUUCUAACGUGUGAUCAUUGUUACAUGAUCUUGUACUGUUGCACGAAUCACAAGAUGUUACACUAUCCGGAGCAUAAGCAGAUCUGUGAAGCUCUAGAGAAACAUUUAAAAGAGGAUGCCGAAUGGCGCACUCGUGAAUUACACCAGAAUGAGUGGGUGCAGUCGAGAUUAUUAUUUCUACAGUUAAUCCAACAAAAAAUGUCACGUCAGCUAGAGGUGUACGAAAUGGAGAUGAUAACAUUCGCAAAAUCUUGUUACACUUGUCAUCGACAGGUUAAUCUGCGCACCUGCCCAAAGUGCUAUUCGCAUAAUUAUUGUGUUGCUCAUGCAGCAAUGUUUGAAAAUAAUCAUAAAAAGUACUGUUCUACGUUGAUGAUAAGUGUUAAUCUAGAUAUCGGACACUUGAAAAGUACGUCGAUUCUACUGACAUCUUGCAAGUUUAUCGAAUUGGAUCGUGAUAUUAAAGGCAUGGAUUCAUUUAUUAGUCGAUUUAUGGAUUGUAAACGUAGUAUUGGUAACGAACACGAGCCAUGGCUUUUUCAAGAUUAUGUUUGUUCCGAUUACGCAUCAGGACCACUUACACUGUGUCAUGUAAUGGCGGAAACAGGCAUGUCAUAUCAAGUUACCGGACCAGAAAGUGUUAUACAUAUAAUAACCGGAGGCUCCUUGGAGAGACACUAUUUGUCAGCUUGGGAAUUUUUCCUGCAUAUUUUUCGUCAAAUAAAGAAACUAACAAUUGUAUUUGCAGGACCAGGCUUACGGGACGAAUAUAAUAAUAUUGACGUUUGUUUAAAGUGCAGGGCUAAAUAUGGGCAGCAGCUAUUUUUUGAAACUCAUGACAUGUCCUAUGACAAAUAUGUAGACGAUAUAAAGUUAUAUAAGCGACCAAAUAUAAUUCUAGCAUUUCAAGCGGAAUUUUAUUACGAGCCAAAAGCGGAGGAAAUUUUAAAAGCAGUGAAGCAUCAAGACCAAACAUUACUUAUAACCAGUACGUCGCAGAAUAAUUUGCAGAAGAAUAUGGAUACCAUUGACCGACUGCUUAAUUUAUCGGCAUUUGGUUCAUCUUUAGGGAUAUUCUUUAAUAAUUUUUCUUCCUUCAGACCAUGGAGAGAUUAUUUAACAGGUUCCACACAUUAUCGUAAUGCUUUUUAUAAUAUCUAUUUUAGAUAUGCGGAUAAUCCUUAUAAAGCACAUAGAGGACAUUGUAGAGCACAUAGAGAGUAA